UGUGCGGGCAACUGAGUUCUUUCGGCCUUCCCUCAACACAAGGCAGCAUCUCAUGAUUCAUUCAGCCUAACACAGACACCACAAGACGGGCUAGACAACAUACACUAUCCGAGCCGGGAAAUCAAGAGGCUGGGGGUCCAAACUCAAAGGAACAAGUUUCCCACCAGAAAGGCGGAACUAGCUAUCUUGUCAUGGCGGAUGUUGGAGAGGUUUUGAUGUCGGUUUUGUCCACAAUUCGGGUUCCGAAGCCCGGGGACCGUGUCCACAAAGACGAAUGCGCCUUGUCAUUUUCCUCUCCGGAAAGCGAAGGAGGCCUGUAUGUGUGCAUGAACAGUUUCCUUGGCUUUGGGAGGCAGUAUGUGGAACGGCACCAUGCCCGGACUGGCCAGAGGGCUUACUUCCACAUCACCCGGACUCGCAAAGCUAAGGAAGAUGACAGUAACUCUGGAUCUGGACACCCGCCCAAGAAAAAGCCCACCAGACUGGCUAUAGGGAUUGAAGGAGGGUUUGAUGUGGAGCAGGAGCUGUAUGAGGAGGACUAUAAGGUGAUCAUUUUACCUGACAGACAGGAAGUGACAUCAGACGACCUUGCAACCAUGCCUGACGUUGUGAGAGAGCGGGUGUCCCUGUCAAUGGCGGGGAUCAUGUCAGCCGACUCAGUGUCUCAUGCCUUACAAGUUCAGCAGUGGGAUGGAGAGUUGAGACAGGAGUCAAGGCACGCCCCCGAACUGAAACAGCUUGACAACGGAGUCAAGAUCCCACCCAGUGGCUGGCGGUGUGAGGUGUGUGACCUCCAGGAGAACAUUUGGAUGAACCUGACGGACGGGAAAAUGAUGUGCGGCCGAAGGUAUUUUGAUGGCUCCGGGGGCAACAACCACGCCCUCCUCCACUUCCAGCAGACUGGAUUCCCUAUUGCCGUCAAACUUGGCACCAUCACUCCCGAUGGAGGAGAUGUGUACUCCUACGAUGAGGAUGACAUGGUUCUGGAUUCCAAGCUCCCGGAGCACCUGGCUCACUUUGGCAUCAACAUGAUGACCAUGGAGAAGACUGAGCGGACGAUGACAGAGCUGGAGAUCGCUGUGAACCAGCGCGUUGGGGAGUGGGAGGUUAUCCAGGAGUCGGGGACCACCCUGCGGCCCCUGUUUGGCCCCGGUGUGACUGGCAUGAAGAAUCUGGGCAACAGCUGCUACCUCAACUCUGUCAUGCAAGUGCUCUUCACCGUGCCAGACUUCCAGCAAAAGUAUGUGUCCAACAUCGACAAGAUCAUUGAUGAAGCCCCAAGCGACCCCACCCAGGACUUCAAAACCCAAGUAGCCAAGCUCGGCUACGGUCUGUUGUCAGGAGACUAUUCCAAACCAGCACCAGACCCUGCAGAUGAAACUGGUGCAUCUGAACCCAGGGGAGACCAAAUCGGCAUAGCACCUCGAAUGUUCAAAGCACUCGUUGGGCGAGGCCACCCAGAGUUCUCCACCAACCGGCAGCAGGAUGCUCAGGAGUUUUUAUUGCACUUCAUAAACAUGGUGGAGAGGAACUGUCGCACUGGGUCCAACCCGUCUGAAGCCUUCAGGUUCCUGGUGGAGGAGAGGAUUGUGUGUCAGCAGUCGCAGAAAGCCAAGUACACACAGAGGGUGGAUUACAUGGUGCAACUGCCAGUGCAGAUGGACCAGGCCACCAACACAGAAGAGCUUCAGGAGGCAGAGCGCCGGCGUGAGGAGGGGGACAGCUCUGCCCCCACAGUGCGAGCUCAAAUCCCCUUCACAGCCUGCAUGGCGGCGCUGAAUGAACCCGAGGUGCUCACAGACUUCUGGAGCUCAGCCGUGCAGUCCAAGACUACUGCCACCAAAACGACCCGCUUCGCCUCUUUCCCCGAUCACCUGGUCAUCCAGAUUAAGAAGUUCACCUUCGGCCUGGACUGGGUGCCCAAGAAACUGGACGUGAGCAUCGACGUUCCCGACACUCUGGACCUGAGCGCGCUGCGAGCCACCGGUCAGCAGCCGGGGGAGGAGCUUCUUCCAGAGGUGGCUCCGCCCCCUCUCAUGACCCCAGACGUGGAGGUUAAAGGUAUCCUGGGUUUCCAUGGCAACGAGGAAGACGACUCUCUCUACUCCCCACUGCUGUCUCCAGUGCUCGACGACUCCACUGUGUCCCAGCUUUGUGAGAUGGGAUUCCCCCUGGAGGCGUGCAGGAAGGCGGUGUACUACACUGGGAACACUGGGAUCGAUGCUGCCAUGAACUGGAUCAUGGGCCACAUGGAUGACGCAGACUUCGCCUCCCCCCUGGUGAUGCCGGGCUGCAGCUCCGGCACCACGCCCACUGAGAGCCUCUCUGAGGAGCACCUGGCCACCAUCGUGUCCAUGGGCUUCAGCCGGGAACAGGCCACCAAAGCACUCAGAGCCACGAGUAAUGUCCUGGACCGGGCGGUGGACUGGAUCUUCUCCCACCUGGACGACCUGGAGUCGAUGGACGUGUCUGAAGGCGGUCGCUCAGCGGCAGAGAGCGAGGGCGGCAGGGAGCCCCCCCCGCCUGGCCCCCGGGUCAAAGACGGACCAGGAAAGUACGAGCUGUUUGCGUUCAUCAGUCACAUGGGGACGAGCACAAUGUGCGGCCACUACGUCUGCCACAUCAAGAAGGAUCACCAGUGGGUCAUCUUCAACGAUCAGAAGGUCUGCGCUUCGGAGAAACCUCCCAAAGACCUGGGCUAUCUCUACUUCUACCGGAGAGUGUCCGAAUGAGAGGAACAGGAGCGGUUCACUCGGUGAAGAAGGAGUUAUGUGGGCGCUAACACAAACACACAGUUCAUAGUCACACCCCACCAAGCUCUUACUGGCACGCUUCACAACUGACAAACGUGUAAAUAUAUCCCUCAGAGUGCACAAAUACAGUCACAUUAAAUCGUGCUGAUGUACAGAUAAGGAGGUUUUUCCUUUUGAUCCGUCGAUCUCAAACUAAGGGUCUGUUCAGAGGAGCAGAUUUAAUUUGUUACCUGGAUGACUACGCUGAGAAAACACCUGAUAUUACCGCGUUUUACUUCCAGAUCAUUCAGAAAGCCUGUCCCCUGGUACAAGCCUCCCACAUCAGAGGGUUGAUAACUCCAUUCCCUCUUUGCUUAACUCUCUCCGUAAUCCACGUCCUGAUUUCCCCUCAAAAUAAGCCGCUUCCUGAUCUUCAUUUUUUUUUAUUGGACGGUUGCAUUUUGGCGUCAGCAGUAAGACACUGACUCCUCCUCCUCCUCCUCCUCCUCCUGCUGCUCCGCGUGUUUCAGUGAGGAAGUUAAAAAACAAACAACCAUGAGAGGAAAUAUCAGUGAAUAAAUAACAGCUCUAAUGUGUGUGACGAAUAAAGGAAAUAAAAACACCAACUUGUUUUUUCUUUAAGGAGUUUUGUGAGGGUGAUCUUUGCAAACAUCCUUUGUUACUUCUGCUGUGACAAAUAAAGAAUUGUCUUUCUGUCA